AUGGCUGAUCGUUCCGACAUGGCAUUGCCGGUGCCGCGGCAAGUCCUCGCCGAACUCCUUCACUCAAUCGCCUCGUCCACAACGUCAGGCAGCAUGGAUGGCCACCUCCCGCUGCUGGCCACGCUGCACGUCCUGUUUCCGUCACUGGUGCUGCCUGCCUUGGACCUGCUCGACCGCCGUCGCGUUGUGCGGUGGGGGGGUCGUCGCGAGCAGCCAAAGGGAGCCUUGCCUGCGUCCACCGCAGCCUCCACCGCCGCUUCUGCGUCUCCUCCACAACCCUCUCUCUACCAGAUCCGCGGCGGCAGCGACCGGCCACACGUGGUCCACCUGCGGUCAUGGCACUGCACGUGUGCCUUUUUUGCACUCCAGACCGCGGCAUCGACGGCGUUGUCGUCCAAGACGCCACAGGACGCCGAGACGAAACUGGCGGCGCAGCAUCAUCUGAAAGACGCCCUCUCUCACCUCCCUCUGGCGUUUAGCACGCCGCCUUGCAAGCACCUCUUGGCGUGUCUGCUCGCCGAAGAGUGGGCUGUCUUGCACGCUUACGUUGUUGCCGGGGAAGGCGACACGACAGAUACAAAAGACGACUGUGCUUGCUCGCCUGAAACGUUGGCAGGUAUUGUGGCGGGCGUUUUAUGA